AUGUCCCUCUCACUGAUAUGCAACCAGCUAGCGGCACACCGAUUUGAAGACCAUUCAUUUUGGAACACCCUAGGCAGGAGGCUAACCGAAUUGUUACGUAUUGAGGAUGUACACAAAACCAUGUCCAUCCGAUGGUUAGCCCUAAUCUUAAACUCUUUCGCCAGAGUGUACGUACUAAAUGAGCCUUUCCUCAAAGAGGCCUCCAUUUAUGUUAGAAAUUGCAAAGAAGAAAAUCUGCACACAUUUGACAUUUCGCAAAUAGCAAACUGUUUUGCCAAACUUAAUUACGGGGAUGAUAAGCUGUUCAAACAUAUGGAACAACAGAUUUGCGAAAGGAUAGACGAACUGAGUUGCCAAUCCAUUAGUAAUAUAUGCAAUGCAUACAGUAAGUUAAGUCUGGGGAGCGAAACUCUAUUUUGUCGUUUAAUCAAAACAGUGAAAAAAAAUUUGGACAAUUUUAACGAACAAGAAAUUGCGAACAUAUUAAAUGCGUAUUCAAAAUUGGGAGAAAAAAAAUACUCGCAUUUAUUUGUCAAUUUUUUACCUCAUGUUUGUGCAAAAUUUGAGCACUUCAAACCAGUCGAAAUGGUGAUGAUUGCUAAUGCAUACUCCAAAUGUAAGUUAUUCGAUAAGACAUUCUUUUCCCUCCUGUGUAACUACAUUUGGGGAAAUGCUGACCUGUUUGAACCAUCCGAGUGGGCCAUACUUGCCAAUGUAUAUGCAAAUUUCAACCUCAGAGAUUUAAAAAUUUUUUAUCUUAUCAAAAAGAAGGUCAACGAUAGGGAACACUUGCUGCAACAUGGAAAUGUAGCCAUGCUGCUACACGCUUUUGGAAAAUUACUUAUACGAGAUGAAGCGUUUGUUAUCAAUUUAGUUAAAAGAAAAAAACACAUAAUAGACUCUUUGGACAGCCGCAACUUGACACUGUUUUACGUUUCGCUCAUCAAAUUGAAUUUACGCAUUCCGAUGGAUAUUUGGGCCAACUUGAAGCUAAAUAUUUCGAGCAAGUUACACACCUUUACCGAUUUGGCCCUGGUAUCCAUAUGCUACUCGUCUAUGUUCCUCUCCUACUUUGACAUGAAGUUGGUCAGCUCCAUCCUACUUCUGCUAAAUGAGAGGAGAGCAAAUAGCAAAUCGUUUGCACACCAAAUGCACGUCACUCUGUUUGUGCUAUACUCCGUCUACGACUUUGGGAAGUUUUCUCCAAAAUUUCUUCUCUGCUUGCAUCAGCUCUUGAGCAGGGCCUACCAGCACAUUGCGCAGCCCAACUAUUACGACAUUAACAAGUCAGCUAUUCAGAAGAGAAUUUCUCCUUUUUUUCCCAAAAAUUGCCUGAACGUUCAGGCGGAAGUGCCCGUUGGCCCCUUCGUCGUGGAUUUUCUCCUGACCAGGAAGCGGCCGGCC